AUGUCGGACAACGGCAUCCAACAGCGGCGGGUGCGGAUCAAGGAUCCUCAGGGCAGAAUGUUUCACUUCCCGUUGGAACUGUGUGAUUCGUAUUUUGCUCUGAUGCGUGCCGUGGUGAUUGCGUGCCAGAAGGAUGCUGAUGGGACGGUUGAGAGCUUCCGGAUAAUGGAUGAAAAAGGAGACGAAAUCACUGCCGAAGAUUGGUUGGCAUACUGUGCUCGACAACGUGGAACAUUCAUCGAUGUAUGGGUCCGUGUGUUGUCGACUGCCCCGCAAUUGCCGGAUCUUGAUUCUGGGCUUUCCGUUGUGUUGAGGAAACGAUCUCGGUCGAUGAGUGGUGACGAAUCGCUCCAUGAGUCGGCAACGGAGCAGACAGACAAACUACCCGACACGCCAUCCAACACUGCCGAUCGACGUUACUUGAGCACUGGAAGCUCCAAUGCCUUGAUUCUCUACGACAAGAAGCGGCCAGUUGCGGGAGAUGAAGAGCGAAACAAGUCUCUUGCAUUGGCCAUGUCCAAGGCCAAAUCUCAACACCAGGCAGGGGUCAAACUGCCUCCUAAUCGCGUUCCACGAUUCCUGCUCCAACCUCAAGUCCCUACUAUCAUGAAUUUCACCUUUCCAGACCUCAAGCUCGAAGACAUCUUCUACCGCCACCAGCCUGUUGUUAAAAGGCAGUCUGAAAAUUCCGAAAGGGAGGCCGCCAAUGUCGAAGUAGAUAGCCGAAGCGACUCCCAAACGUCAAAGGACAGCGGCAAUGCACAAAAGAUUUCAGAAGACGGCUCAGACAGGAGGUCAAAUGCGAGGUCAGACGAAAGAUCGGACGAAAGAUCAGACGGGGCAUCAGAUGGAAGCUCAGACAGUUUCAUUGUUCCAAGAGUGCCUCCAUUCUUCCUCUGGCCAAUUGAUACUGUCUCAGGGAGACGAAGUGCCGCUCAAAAGAGGACAUCCAGCCACAUCGAUGUUGCAGACGAUGCUGUAGAUCACGCAAGGUCCGGAGUCAGAGAAGGGAGAGAAGCAGCCGAGAGGAACCCAUUGACCAAGGAGCAAGAGAAAGACCUCAAGACCAUCUUGAAGGACGUUGACAUUGCCUUCCAGAAAGCCAAGUUUGACGAUCUCGAAUAUUCUCGCAGUCGAAAGUUCCUGGCCAAGUUAUACAAAGAAGAUCCAGGCGAACCGGUUGACCUCAAGGCUAUAGAAGACGAAUACUCGAAGAUGAGCGAGCUACAUGAGCCCAUUCCCCUGAGUGAGGUCCCAUCAGAAGGCUGCUCCUGGCAAAGAGCGCUGGUAGAAAUUAUGAACCGAUGGGAGUACAUCGCAAUAUCCUUUUACCCCGAAGAAACGGAUGACAAGGUCCAUCAAAAGUUGACGCUUAGCCGAGCCCGCUUCUUCAAGGAUAUUUGUGCCCUCUGCGAACCUCAGUUUUAUUGGAGCAAGAUAACCGCCGACGGACUGGCACAAUACAACGAGGAAGGACAGACACCCGUGUUCAUCAACAAUUCCUCUCAGGUCGUUGACGCUCGCAUUCCAAGAUCCACCGUGCAGUCCGAAAAGAAAUGCUACGAGUGCAAGCUCGACGGCGACGAUCUUGCAGAAUUUGCGACUCCCGAUGCUGCUCGUGCACAUUUGCGUGAGAAGCAUUUCGAGCCUGGAACAGCGCCUGAUGCCGAAUUGGAUCGAUACAUCGUGCCGGCGAAUCGAGUUAUUGAUUUCAUCGCCUGUGCUGAUAGCCACCGGUUGAUGCUGAAAAUGCUCGAUCACCUGGGGGCCAUGGCCCAACUCAUCGCCGAUAUCCGCGAAGGAGUCACAUCCACAGGGCUGUUUGACAGCUCUACUUACCGACUCCCCUUGUCGCUGGUGCAGGCGUUUCGACAAUUCCUCGCAGGCACGAUCUACGCAGCUCACGUCGCAUUUACAGCAAGAAUCAACUAUCAGGACACACCAAAGAAUGGCAGAAGAGUGAGGAGGUUGAUAGAACCGGAGCAGAUGGACAACAUCGUCAUCUACGGCGCCGACGUGGAGACAUCGUUGAGCAAGGCAAAAAAUGAUCUCAUGCUCAUGAGCCAUGCGGGUGAUUACUCUUCGAGCGCGUCGUAUGAGGCGGUGGGACCUGCGUAUGUGUUACUCACGCUGCUUCGCGACCUCUACGAGAGAACAAACGCAAAGGAUGGCCUGAACCUUUUGGGGAUGUACAAGGACCAUAUCGGCCGACUGGAUUUCCAGGUCAAGCAUCAUCCUCGUCGACGACUGCGGAAAGACAUUGUCCACUUUCGAGAAGAGAUCCGAACCGUCCAACAAAUCAUUAACGAGCAAUCCGACAUGAUUACCCAGUUCUGCCGGACGUUGCGCCCGGCGAGCUUCAAGGUGACAUCCCCCCAACGAGUCGAACAGCAUAAGCUCGAAGAGCAGGCGUUGGAGCACGUCCAAUCGCUUGGGAGGAGCAACCGGCAAGUCUACGACCGACACACCCGCAAACUCAAGAGACUGGAGCAGGAGGUCCUCGAGGGUGUGGAGAUUGAACAAGACGACCACGGCAAAGCGAUCUUGGUAUUCACCAUUGUAACGGUCGUCUUCCUCCCUCUCUCGUUCGCCACGAGUUUUCUCGGGAUGAACACAAGUGACAUCCGUUCGACGAACUCUACCCAGUGGUUGUUUGGUCCAUCGCCCUGCCGCUGA